AUGCUCACUACCUUCUCGCAUAACAGUAGGUACAGAGCCAGCAGCAGGCACUGUAGCUCGAGAGCCAACACUAGUUCGAGUAGUUCGAGAGCCAACAGAGCAAAGGCAAUAGAGGUAGCAAACCCAGAAGAUCCAACAGUUACAGCUGUUCCACAGGCUCCACCACCAGCCAAUCGCUUACAAGGUCCAAGGCUUCAUUGGUCACCGGAUUUGGUGGCGUUAUUUGAUAACGCGGUUGAAACAUUGGGAGCAGGACAUGUGUCCGCCCAAGCAAUUUAUGGUGUCAUGAAUCGAGCGGAUGUCUCCAUUGAACAAGUUGUGUCGCGAUUGAAGACCGUGAGGAAAAUUACCAAAAGAGGAGGUUGA